CAGACGCAGCGCAAUGACGUAAUAUUUGCGCGGGUGAGUAGAAAGUAGGAAACCAUGACAAACAAACCUAGAUAAACAAUGUACAAUAUACGCGUUUGAGACUUCGAGAACUACACAAUGUCCUCAUGGCGGCAGCUGGAGCUUCACCCGAGGAUCAUCGGCGCCCUGAGAAGAGCUGACGUCAAGUCCGUCAGGGACGUGUUGUGCAUGUCAGGUCCAGAUCUGCAGAGACUCACCUCCUUGUCGGCCUCUGACGUCCAGCAGCUGCUAACGUCCGCUGCACUGGCCUGCAGGCGCCAGAGCCCGCUACCAGUUCUUGUGUUGCAUCGACGCGAGUGUCACACGUUGGAGUCUGAUCUCAGACUCAGCACAGGCUGCCCUCUGUUGGACCGGCUGCUGAGAGGAGGUCUUCCUGUCGGCGGCGUCACUGAACUGUCAGGAGAGAGCGGCGUCGGGAAGACCCAGCUGGCUCUGCAACUCUGUCUCUCUGUACAGUAUUCCACCCAACAUGGGGGGUUGAAUUCAGGAGCUGUGUUUGUGUGUGCGGAGGACGCGUUUCCCAGCAGACGUCUGCAGCAGUUGAUCAGAGAACAGUCGUCCUUUCGCCCUGAUGUCCCUUCACAUGUGACCAACAGCCUUCACUUUAGUGACAACGUUUAUGUUGAGCACGCUGCUGAUCUGAUGGCUCUUCACUCGUGUCUGACACAUCGCGUGCCCCUCUUGCUGGCUCGGGGUCUGGUCCGGUUUGUGGCCGUUGACUCGGUGGCAUCUCUAUUUAGGUCAGAGUUUGGAGUGGCUGAUUGGCUUGAGAGGACAAGGGAGCUACUGACGGUCUCCUCAAAGCUGCAUUACCUUAGUCACGAAUUUAAUACUCCUGUUCUCUGCAUCAACCAGGUGACUGAUAUCUUCAGUAAGUCAGAAGAACAUUUGGGUCCUUCUUCCUCAACAGUGGGCCCGGCUUUGGGCUUAGCUUGGGCCAAUCAGGUGAUGGUUCGUCUGAUGAUGCAGCGUCUCAAUGCAACAGUUGUCAAGGGCAACCAGAACAGCGCCCUGCGCAGGUUGGAGGUAGUGUUUGCACCUCACCUGGCUCGAACAGGUCAAGAUGCCGCAGUGUGGAAGGAGGGCGUCCAAGGAGUUGAGACUGGACUAAUGUUAAACAUGCAAUGAUCAUCCAUCCAUCCAUUUUCAGUGCUGUAGCCUAUCUCAGCUGUAUUCGGGCGGAAGGUGGGGUACACCCUGGACAAGUCGCCACAUGAUUGUUCUUAAUUGACAAUGUUCAAAACAACUAAGCAGUGUGUUCUAUUCCUCAUACCAAAGUCAUGUACCGAAGUGCUUUAAAAUGUUUACAGAUACACGUUUAAAAAACAUAAGGUGAAUUUUGUACACUUGCAUUACUAUUAUUAUCAAAGUCAGUGAUUGACAGGUGACAAAGCUACACAUUUUUUGAACAUUGCCAUUUGUUGUCCGAACUGCGGAUAUUUUUCUUAAGUAAUUGGAUGUCGUUCUCUUUCCUCGGGUGUAAGCUAUGUAGCUUUCUUUUCAAAGUGAAUCUCUGUAUUUUUCAGAUGCUGUUUUACAUAAGAGAGGUUUUAAGCCUAAGAACGUAGAAACCCAACUGACAGAAAAAAACAAUCACAAAACAGCAGUCAAAAUUUAAUAGUUUGGUUGAAAACAGACUUUGUGAUUAUAUCCGCUGAAAUCAGAAAUACUGUAUUAAAAUCUGGAAUUGUAAUGUAUGAAUGUAGGAAAAAAACAUAUAUAAAUCGCACUGGAGCCCGGCCAAACUAUGAAAAAAACUGCGACUUAUAGUCCGAAAAAUACGGUACAUUUCAUCCAAUCCACUUUAUAAAGCGCUUUUUAAAACUGUUGUAGUCCCAAGGUUCUGCAUAGUAGUUUAAAUAUAGGUAAAACGCAAAUGUAACGGUAAUCUUAAAAGAAUAGACACUUAAAAUAGUAAUAAUUAAAAAAAAAAAAGAUAAGCAGCACGACUGCAAUGUUGGCUUAAAAGAAUAAACGUUUUUGAUUUACCCUCGGUUUGUUUGUAUUAUUUCAUUCAUUUUAAGUAAUAAUUAAAAAAACAUUCAACAUAUCAUUUAUAAUAAAUAAUGAACAAAACGUAGCAGAAAGUACAACUUUUAUCCGCCGUGCACCUAUUCAUAGUUACAUUUGUUGUUCAAUUUAGACUAGCUAUUCAUAACAUACUUAUUUCAUAACAUGCACCGAUAUAACUAAACAUGGAAACAAUAAUUUACCUCAAGUCAUAUCUUUUCAUCAUCAUGAUUUUU